AUGGGCUACAGCUGGGUGACCGUCGUCAUCGUCCUAUUCAUCUGGAUAUCGUCAUGCAUGACGCUUGUCUAUCUAGUCAAGCGUGCCAUGAUCACUCACGGCCUGCACUUGCGUCGGGGCGUCCAAGUCGCGCAAGUGGAAGACCACCAGGAACCGACGGCCCCACCGCUCGAUGCCCAGGAGGAUACUGGGUUCAUCGUCGGCAUCGUGUCGGAGUGUGCGUAUGUGCCGGACUGUGUGGGACGGAGUGUCAAGCACGAGACCAUGCCAGCGUGUGGCCAGUUUUCCCGUUUGCAAUCAAUACAUGUUUAG